AUGGACAUAACCUUCAACCGCUCUUGUCCUUGUGCAGCGAAAAUAGAUGCACUUACAGCUAACUUCUCGAGCUCCAGUGCACUCUUUCUUCUUCGUCUUCGACGUUCACUGGCUCACACAACCGCCACCGCUGUUCUGGUUUCCCCUUUACACAGUUGGUCACCUUACGUAAAUAAAAUGAACUCUUGGUGCAAUAAAAAUGGCCUUAUUCUGAAUCCUAAAAAAACACAACUAAUAAUGUUUCAUCCCAAGCAAACUUCCAUAAACUACAGUAUCUGGGUAAAAUGUAAUGGUAGUGCACUACGCCAAAGUUCGAAUGUUAAGUUUUUGGGGUUAACUUUUGAUGAAAAUCUUUCUUGGGAGCUGCAUAUAAGUGAUAAUAAAUCAAAAAACUAUUGCAUGACCCAAUUAAGAGAAGUGGUGAAUUUACCCACAUUAAAGACCUUUUAUUAUGGAAGUGUCCAAUCGAUUCUUUCUUAUGGAAUAUUGUGUUGGGUAAACGACCCCUACAACAACUACCUGUUGCAACAGCAUCACCACGUGCAACAGAACCAACACAUGCAUCACCACAACAGCACGUCAUCACCCUUCACGACGCCGUCCCCCCCUUCCCCCCCUAUGAGACACUCCAUCCCCACCUCGGUAAUACAAACGCCCUCUUGCGGAGUUAUCUACGAUGAUCCGUACAUGCUGGGCUUCUCGCCCAGGAAGAUGAAGAAGGUGAAGAAACAGAAGAUAGGCGAGCCUGGUUCAGUGAAGAGGAAGAGCAGGGAAGGUUCCACCACGUAUUUGUGGGAAUUCCUGUUGAAGUUACUACAGGACCGCGAAUACUGCCCGAGGUACAUCAAGUGGACCAACAGAGAGAAAGGCGUGUUCAAACUUGUCGACUCGAAGGCUGUGUCCAGGUUGUGGGGCAUGCACAAAAACAAACCUGACAUGAACUACGAAACCAUGGGCCGCGCUUUGAGGUACUACUACCAGAGAGGCAUCUUGGCCAAAGUCGACGGCCAAAGGUUGGUAUACCAGUUCGUGGAGGUACCCAAAGACAUAGUAGAAAUCGACUGCACGGGCGCAGCACACGAGGUCGAGACAGUUGAGAAGAAAAAAUUAUUUGGCGGAGAACAAAGGGUCUUUAUGGAUUCGGAUCUAGUGAAAGGGGAACUUUUGGGGCAGGGGUUUUUCGGUCAAGUUUUUAAAGUGAACACAAGGGACACGACCGAAGUGAUGGUACUGAAGGGGGAUGAGGAAGCUCAGCUCAAAAUUUAUUAA